UUCAAAUACCAUCAAAUCCCUCAUUAAACUUCCUUCUUCUCAACUCUCUCUAUUUCUCUCUUCAAAAAUGUCUUUCUCUUCCAAACCCAACAAGAAAAAGAAGAUCUUUGGAAAAACACUAGUAGUGAACAUAGGUUGUAGUUGUAGAAGACCAAAGCUUUCUGAUGCUUUCAGGCCAAAAGCAAAACCCAAAACAACUUCUCAACAACACCAAAAACCCCAUUUCCACCGCUCAUCUUCCACCUCUUCUUGGGAAAGAAGUGGUGGUUUUUCCAUCAAUGAUGAAGAUGACAACACCACCACCACCACCACCACUUCCUUCUCUCCAUACCUUGACACAACUCCUGCUACCCAUUCCGAACAAGAAGGAGAAGAAACCCAUUUCAAUACUAUAAAGUGUUCUUCAGAUUCAAAGAUGGUUAAAGGGUUAAGAAGAAUCGAAGAGAGUGUAGCUGUGGUGAAAGAUUCAGAUGAUCCAUAUCUUGAUUUCAGGCAAUCUAUGCUUCAAAUGAUAUUGGAGAAAGAGCUUUAUAGUAGAGAAGAUCUAAGAGAUCUUCUUGAUCGUUUCUUGCAGUUAAAUUCUCCUUACCACCAUGGGAUCAUUGUCAGAGCUUUCUCAGAGAUCUGGAAUGGAGUCUUCUCUUCUGUAAAUAAGCAAAGGUUUUCAUCUUCUUCAGGUUUAGCUUCUAAUGCUUCUACUACCCCUCUGAAACAAAGGCGUAAGUCACGUGAGUUUUAGGCUUUGGCACGUGUGUUGCACACGUUUUUGGUUAUUGUCCCUCAUGGUGGUGAAAGUGAAAAACCAUGGAUUCUC